UUUGUUUAUAUUUCAUACUGUAGCGUGUAAAAUGGCUGAUCAUUUUUUAUCAGACGAAAUUGUUUAUAUAGAACACAAGGCUUGUGUCGAUAAAGUCUAUGCAUCCCAUAAGUUCUACGACGCUAGUAUUAAAAGUGCUGCUCUGAAAAGUGAUCUUUUCCAAAUAGUCGUCCCCUACGACGAUAAACAUGGUAAGGCUGAAGAUAGUCUGGAACCGAAACCAAAGAAACGGAAGAAGGCGCUAAAUCGAUUUGAUGAUACCUCGUUGAAGAUACAAAGAACUUAUGUGGAAUUUCUGAGUUUGAUGGAAAAGAAUUUGAUGCGCCCCAUCGAAUUGAGGAACACAUCUGCACUCGAGUUUGUUGAUGCCUUCACUCGGACUGACCGAUAUGAUUCCAGUGCGCAUUUUGAGGGAGCCAAUAACUCCCGAUAUAUCGUAAUGAGUGAAUUUUCUGGCCAGUCGUAUUUGAUACCACCGAAUUGUCGUUUCUUCAAUACUGACAUAAGUAAAAUGGCUCAUCUUCCGCUGGGUGACGACAAAUUUGAUUUUAUUGUAAUAGAUCCGCCCUGGUGGAAUAAAUAUAUCAGAAGAGUAAAAGCCGCUAACAGUAAGGUAGGAUACAGCAUGCUCGAUAAUGAAACUAUUCAGAAAAUACCUUUGGAGAAGCAUAUCCACGAUUACACCAUCGUGGUUAUUUGGUGCACAAAUUCGCCAACCCAUAUCAAUGCAAUCAAAGAACAAUUUCUUAAAAAAUGGAAGCUGCGGCUAGUGGGCAAUUGGUAUUGGAUUAAAAUUACCAAGAGUGGGCAGCCUGUAUGCAAUUUCAACGAAAGCAAUAAGAAACAACCUUAUGAGCAAAUUUUUAUUGCUACUAGUGAGAACAAUUCCAAAUGUGAGUUGCCUUAUGAAAGAUUCCUCUAUAGCGUACCGAGUGCGUUGCAUUCCAAUAAACCGCCGCUGUUGGAUAUAUUUCAUGAUUUGCUUCCUGAUCAUCCGAAAUGUUUGGAGAUAUUCGCUAGAAACGUUUACCCAAAUUUCACCUCAAUUGGGACAGAAGUACUAAAAUUACAGAAUGUGAGACUGUUCGAUGUGAUAAAACAAGAAUCAUAAUAAAUAAGAUGGUAUAAAAAACAUAAAA